ACACUGCACUGUCCCCAUUAUGCAAGAAAGGAAAUCCUGAAUCCAGGGCACAGGCAGAACAAGUUCAUAUUGGACGUCUUUUACAGUUGGACUUUACAAAAACGGAUAAAUGUUCAUCUUUGAAGAUUACCUUCCUCUGAAAUCUUACCAACCAAACACUUCUGGACCCAGAUAUUGAGAAGAGAGGGAGCAGGCAGGGGAAGACUGAGAAAGAGAAAGAAAAAGAAUGAAUUCUUCCAAAUCUUCUGCAUCACGAUGUGCAGAGAAAGGAUGCUUCUCUCACCAGGGAUUCUUCUGGGCUGUGGCUGGGGCCUCCAUCCUGUUUCUCUCUGCCUGUUUUAUCACCAGAUGUGUUGUAACGUAUCAGAGCUUUCGAACUUGUGGUGAGAAAAAGUUGCAGCCACAUGAGCAUUUCCAGGAAAUUUCCUGUGACAAUAAUGGUUCAGGUUCAGUAAAGAAUUGCUGUCCGCUGAACUGGCAACACUUUCAAUCAAGUUGCUACUUCUUUUCCACUGACACCAUGACCUGGCCAUCAAGUUUAAAAAACUGCUCAGGCAUGGGGGGUCAUCUUGUGGUUAUCAACACAGAAGAGGAGCAGGAAUUCCUUUUCUACACCAAACCUAAAAAGAAAGAGUAUUACAUUGGCCUGACGGACCAGGUGGUUGAGGGGCAGUGGCAGUGGGUGGACAGCACACCUUUCUCUCUGAGUUUCUGGGAUGUAGGGGAGCCCAACAACAUAGCCACCCUGGAGGACUGCACCACGAUAAGGGACUCUUCGGACCCAAGGAGGAACUGGAACGAUGUGACCUGCUUCUUCAGUAUGCUUCGGGUCUGUGAAAUGCCAGAAAUAAAUCCUUUGGACUGAGAAAAUUACCUAUGAACAGGAGGCAUGGCUUAAAUCUGCAAUGCCGAGGAACGAGUAUGACCGCAUCCACGAACCCAGUGUGAGAAUAUGUUCAUUGUACAUCACGAGGAUUUCUUAAGUAUUUGUUAUUGUGAUAAAAAUAAAAAUAAGUAAUUUUCCAUGUUAUAA